CGGGGUGAAAGGUCGCGAAGAUGGCGACGGCCUUGGGCGAGGAGGAGCUGGACAACGAGGACUACUACGCGCUGCUCAACGUGCGCCGGGAGGCCACUUGCGAUGAGCUGAAGGCGGCUUACCGCCGGUUGUGCAUGCUCUACCACCCCGACAAGCACAGAGACCCGGAGCUCAAGAGCCAGGCCGAGCGGCUUUUCAAUUUGGUGCACCAGGCUUAUGAGGUACUCAGCGACCCCCAGACCAGGGCCAUCUACGACAUCUAUGGGAAGAGAGGCCUGGAGAUGGAAGGAUGGGAGGUUGUGGAGCGGAGGAGGACGCCUGCCGAGAUCAGGGAGGAGUUUGAGCGGCUGCAGCGAGAGCGGGAGGAACGGCGGCUGCAACAGCGCACCAACCCCAAGGGGACCAUCAGUGUGGGCAUCGAUGCCACAGACCUUUUCGACCGGUACGAGGAGGAAUACGAGGCCGUGUCAGGGAGUGGCUUCCCGCAGAUCGAGAUCAACAAGAUGCACAUCUCCCAGUCCAUCGAGGCGCCCUUGACCACCUCCGACACAGCCAUCCUCUCGGGCAGCCUCUCCACGCAGAACGGGAAUGGUGGUGGCUCCAUCAACCUAGCCAUCCGCCGGGUCACAUCCGCCAAGGGCUGGGGCGAGUUGGAGUUUGGAGCUGGGGACCUGCAGGGACCUUUGUUUGGCAUCAAGUUCUUCCGGAACCUCACACCCCGAUGCUUUGUGACGACCAGCUGUGCACUGCAGUUGUCGGCGCGGGGCGUGCGGCCCGGCCUCACCACGGUGCUGGCCCGGAACCUGGACCGGAACACCAUGGGCUACCUGCAGUGGCGCUGGGGCCUCCAGUCGGCCAUGAACACCAGCAUCGUGCGUGACACCAAGACCAGCCAUUUCACCGUGGCCCUGCAGCUUGGGAUCCCCCACUCCUUCGCACUCAUCAGCUACCAGCACAAGUUCCAGGAUGACGAGCAGACCCGCCUCAAAGGCUCCGUCAAGGCUGGCUUCUUCGGGACGAUCGUGGAGUACGGAGCUGAGAGGAAGAUCUCCAGGCACAGCGUGCUGGGGGCCGCUGUCAGUGUGGGGGUGCCCCAGGGCGUCUCACUCAAAAUCAAGCUGAACCGAGCCAGUCAGACCUACUUCUUCCCCAUCCACCUGACUGACCAGUUGCUGCCCAGCGCCAUCUUCUACGCCACCGCGGGGCCCCUGGUGCUCUACUUUGCCAUGCACCGGCUUGUCAUCAAGCCCUACCUCCGGGCACAGAAGGAGAAGGAACUGGAGAAGCAGCGUGAAAGCACGGCCAGUGACAUCCAGCAGAAGAAACAGGAGGCAGAGGCCGCGGUGCGACUGAUGCAAGAAUCCGUCCGGAGAAUCAUUGAGGCAGAGGAGUCCAGGAUGGGACUCAUCAUCGUGAACGCCUGGUACGGGAAGUUCGUCAACGACCGGAGCCGAAAGAACGAGCGGGUGAAGGUGAUCGACGUGACGGUGCCGCUGCAGUGUCUGGUCAAGGACUCGAAGCUCAUCCUCACCGAGGCCUCCAAGGCCGGACUGCCCGGGUUCUAUGACCCAUGUGUGGGGGAGGAGAAGAACCUCAAAGUGCUCUAUCAGUUCCGGGGAGUCCUGCAUCAGGUCAUGGCGCUCGACAACGAGGCGCUGCGGAUACCCAAGCAAUCUCACAGGAUCGACACCGACGGAUAAGCCGCCGAGACGCCGGAUCCUAAAGAGGCGACAUGCACUGGAGUCCGCCAAAUGUGGCUGCCUGCCGGGCAAACCCCACAUCAGAUGUGUUUAUUUUCUGUUAUUCCUGUAGAAGGUGGUACCGUUAUCAGUUAUGUGCAGGGACUCAGGCCCCCCGCCCUUCUGGGGGUCCCAGGGAAGACAAAGCCCUGCCGGGACUGGAGCCCGUGCCCAUCCGUCCGUCGUCUUCCCAAGAAUCGAGAUCUCCUGGCAGCCCCCCUCCCCCGGCCCUUGCCCUUCCCAGCACUGGGCUGCUGCCUCUCUCCCUCCCUCUGGAAAUGCACGCAGAGCAGAGGAAGCCAGCCUAGGAAGGGUGCUGGACGCCCAGCACCUCGUUUUCCUGCUGAGACACCAGGCGGGUCUGGAGAGGACUGUGUGGGUUUAUAAAUCUGCUUUUUAUCCAACAACGAGUGGUCUCUUCCCCUCCCGGAACUUUUCAGAUCAUUCCACUGGGACCGGCGAGUCCCCUCCCAGGCGUGUCCUCUGGGAAAUGGGUGACUGGACAGAUGCCAGACCACCCCUUCCUCCUCCGAGUGCAAUAUGACUGCACAUUGAGAUGAGCUUAGGCAGGGGACAAGCUUAGAGGGAUUGGGACAGAACCCACCCGGGGCCACACUGCCGUGUCCACAGGUGGCACCUGAUCCCAGGGCUUCCUUUUGGGGGGGCCUUUGGGCCACCCCCCACUUGUCUUCCCUCCUCGACUCCCCCUGCUCCUUCACUCCCUGGCAUGGGUACCGGAGUCCCCGGUUGCAGCCCCUUCCUGGCUCUGGGGCGCUGUAAUAUUCCUGAGGGGAGCAUCACAGUUGGGCUAUUUAUUUCCACUCACAUAUCAGUCUUGGGGGGCUGCGGCAUGUCCUUGGACACAGCCCAUCCCCUCCCCCCACUUGAAAGGACUGUACCCCACCCACCCAAUAAACCUUUCCUGAAAGCUGGG